AUGCGUCUUCUCGCGUUUCUUCCCGUCCUCCUUGGACUUAUAUCCAGCCAUUUCGUCUCUGCGACAGAUAAUGGCAAGACUACUGAUGUGACAUGGGAUAAAUACAGCCUCUCAGUCAAGGGAGAGAGGGUAUAUGUGUUCUCGGGUGAAUUCCAUUACCAGCGACUCCCCGUGCCUGAGCUAUGGCUCGAUGUGUUUCAGAAGCUACGCGCAAAUGGAUUUAAUGCGGUCUCUAUCUACUUCUUCUGGAGUUUCCACUCUGCAUCCGAAGAUACUUUCGACUUCGAGAACGGCGCCCAUGACGUCCAGCGCGUUUUUGAUUAUGCCAAGCAGGCAGGUCUGUAUGUGAUCGCGCGCGCAGGACCUUACUGCAAUGCCGAGACCUCUGCUGGUGGUUUUGCACUGUGGGCAUCCAAUGGUCAAAUGGGCAGCACACGCACGAGCGCAAGCUCCUACUAUGACCGAUGGUAUCCGUGGAUCCAGAAGAUUGGAAAGAUCAUCGCCGCAAACCAAAUCACAAGUGGUGGUCCGGUCAUUCUCAACCAGCACGAGAAUGAGUUGCAGGAGACAACUCACAGUUCCGAUAACACUGUUGUCAAGUACAUGGAACAAGUCAAAGCCGCCUUCAGUGAUGCUGGCAUCGUUGUCCCGAGUUCGCAUAACGAGAAGGGAAUGCGCUCUAUGAGCUGGUCGACAGACUACCAGGAUGUGGGCGGUGCCGUCAACAUCUAUGGUCUGGACUCCUAUCCUGGUGGUCUGUCCUGCACCAACCCGGAUACUGGCUUCAAUCUCGUCCGUACUUAUUACCAGUGGUUCCAAAAUUACUCCAGUUCUCAGCCUGAGUACCUGCCAGAGUUUGAGGGCGGUUGGUUCUCUGCCUGGGGAGGUACUUUCUACGAUCAGUGUUCUACUGAGCUUUCGCCUGAAUUCGCCGACGUCUACUAUAAGAAUAACAUCGGCUCCAGAGUCACAUUGCAGAAUAUCUAUAUGGUUAUGGGAGCAACUUCUUGGGGACAAAGUGCUGCUCCGGUUGUCUACACUUCAUAUGACUACUCUGCGCCUAUGCGAGAGACCCGUGAGAUUCGGGACAAGCUCAAGCAGACCAAGUUGAUUGGUCUGUUUACUCGUGUGUCAUCUGGUCUUCUUCAAACGCAAAUGGAAGGGAAUGGAACGGGGUAUACUAGUGAUGCUAGUAUCUAUACCUGGGCCUUGCGAAAUCCAGAAACUCAUGCCGGUUUCUAUGUUCUAGCACACUCUACCAGCUCCUCUCGUGCUGUGACUACUACUUCUCUCAAUGUCAACACCUCGGCUGGGGCCAUCACAAUUCCCAAUAUUGAGUUGGCCGGCCGUCAGAGCAAAAUUAUAGUCACCGACUACCAGAUCGGCGAGGGCUCGAGCUUACUCUAUUCAUCUGCCGAGGUUUUGACCUACGCCACCCUCGAUGUGGAUGUCAUUGUUUUCUAUCUGAAUAUCGGACAGAAAGGAGAGUUUGUCUUCAAAGAUGCACCGACCGAUCUGACUUUCAAGACAUACGGCGAUUCGAAAGUGAGCUCCGCCGCAUCGGAUCAUGGCACCAAAUAUACAUACACUCAAGGGGAUGGCACGACAGUCCUGAAAUUCUCGCACGGUGUACUAGUCUAUCUUCUCGAUAAAGAAACGGCGUGGAACUUCUUUGCAGUACCGACUACUUCCAAUCCGCUUGUGGCUCCUAGUGAGCAGAUCAUUGCUCUUGGGCCAUAUCUCGUCCGCACAGCAACUGUCAGCGGGAACACCGUCAGUCUUGUCGGUGAUAACGCAAACACAACCUCUCUUGAGGUCUACACGGGCAACUCAAAGGUUAACAAGAUCAAGUGGAAUGGCAAGGAGAUUUCAACGAAGAAGACAGCCUACGGCAGCUUAAUCGGAUCAGCUCCGGGAGCCCAACAUUCCAAGGUAUCACUGCCAACUCUGAAAUCAUGGAAAGCGCAAGAUACACUUCCAGAGAUCAAGCCAGGCUAUGAUGAUUCCCGCUGGACAAUCUGCAACAAAACGACCUCAGUCAACUCCGUCGCACCACUAACACUUCCCGUGCUUUACUCUGGCGACUACGGCUACCAUGCCGGAGCGAAGAUCUACCGCGGACGGUUCGACGGCGUGACCGCGACAGGCGCAAAUCUCACAGUCCAGAACGGCGUGGCCGCUGGCUGGGCUGCCUGGUUAAACGGAGUCUAUGUCGGCGGAGACAUUGGGGAUCCCGCCCUAACCGCGACAUCAGCCGAGCUAUUAUUCAACAGCUCUACCUUGCACGAGAGGGACAAUGUUCUGACCGUUGUCAUGGAUUACACAGGCCACGACGAGGCAAACGUAAAACCGAACGGGGCGCAAAACCCGCGUGGUAUACUAGGCGCUACGCUUCUUGGCGGCGAUUUCACAUCCUGGCGCAUCCAAGGCAACGCAGGAGGCGAAGCCAACAUCGACCCCGUGCGCGGACCCAUGAACGAAGGAGGUCUGUACGGAGAGCGUCUUGGUUGGCAUCUCCCCGGAUACAAAGCGUCCAAGACGGCGACAUCAGACAGUCCUCUAGAGGGUGUAUCUGGCGCAGCAGGCCGAUUCUACACGACGACCUUCAAGCUGGACCUGGAUUCCGACCUGGACGUUCCGAUUGGCCUGCAGGUCGGUGCAUCUGCUGAUUCCCCCGCAGUAGUCCAGAUCUUCAUGAAUGGGUACCAGUUCGGUCAUUACCUGCCACACAUCGGACCCCAGACUAGGUUCCCUUUCCCGCCCGGGGUGAUUAACAACCGUGGGGAGAAUACGUUGGCGAUUAGUUUGUGGGCGCUGACGGAGCAGGGGGCGAGACUGAGUCAGGUGGAUCUGGUUGCAUAUGGGGCUUAUCGCACUGGAUUCAACUUCAAUCACGAUUGGUCAUACCUGCAGCCAAAAUGGAAGAACAACCGGGGACAAUAUGUUUAG